AUGGAGCAGCACUUGCACGAACGAGUGCGCUGUUCCAAUGCCUGUUGGUUGUCGGGAAGCGACUUGUUCCAGGUCUUCGGCAAAGCUGCGUGGUGGAGCUUCGUGGGCAGGCACUUUGGCACCCUUUCUGGAGACCGGGCAAGUGCCAAGAAGGAUGAGGGCAUCAUUGAAACCAUUGAGAGUGGCUCCGAUGAGUAG